CUAUUACUCUCCGUUCUUAAAGCUUAAAUCUCAACUUAAAUACUUGACUGACACUGGGAUCCCCCACUAGCUAGUCUGGUUGCCAACUCAUACGUAUGAGAAGCCAUCAAGGCUUUCCUUAAACUUAAACUUAGUUAGGGAAGUCGUAACGAUUCAUCCCCCUAACAUCUUAAACUUAUCGUGGUGGCUCUUCACCACGAUUCCCAAGAGCAUAACUGCUGCUCAUCUUAAAUAUCUCAAGAGCAUAACUGCUGCUCUGUCUCAAAGAUCUCAAGAGCAUAACUGCUGCUCUAUCUGAAAAUCUCAAAUGGCAACAGACUAGCGCUAGUGACUAAAAACACUUAAAACGACUUCACCUUCUUGAAGGUGAGUUACUUCUUAAAAAGAACUUGUUUCUUAAACUCUAACAAUAAAUUAAACAUAACGCUUUAAUGUAAAUAGCACAAAAUCACCUUAAAUCACAUCAAAUAGCACAAAUCACCUCAGACCAUAACUCAAGCAAAGCACAAAUAAUCAAUCAUGCAUAUAACCAAGCAACGGUAACCAAUUCGCUAAAAUACUUAAAAGAAUACGUAAGGCGUAGAAUUUACCCCCUUAACACUCACCUGACUGUGUAGCUAAAAUCCAUCGGCUUCAUGAACUAGGUACUCCAAAAUCCAUCGGCCUCUGUCUCUAUGAGGCAAAAUAUCAAACACCUUAAGCUCAAUUAUGUUACCUCCUUCUUGGUGUCGUAAGCUUGACUACAGUCAAUAUGCCGGUAUCCGUAUACAUUGGAAAACAGAGAAGCCACUUAUGCAUCAGAAAUUAGAGAAGCUCCCUAUGCAUAAAAACCAUUCGAGGGGACGAAGAAGAGGGGAAAUAGACAGCGUCAGAAGCGGAAUGAGUUACCGGCAGAUUUGGGCAUGAAGCGAAGGGAGAUGAAGAUGUAGCGACAAAGCUGAGCUCCAAAAUUGAAAAAGCACUGGCGAGUCGAUCCAUAUUCCUUCAUCGUCUUCUGCUGCUUAGGAUUUCUAGCUUCUCAUCUCACAUAGACUGAAUCUAUCGGCAAAGCUCACAGCUAUGGACCUCGCUUCGCAUUCGACAAUAAUUUGGGAUUUUUGUGCUAUGGAAGGAGAAGGGGAAGAAGAUAGAAGAGCGGUGUGGAGCUUGACUUGGGAUUUGUUUUCUUUCGAUCCGAGAGCAAUUUGCUUUCGGUGGAGAAUUAAUGCGAGGGUUUUAUGGUGAGACCGAGUGGGUAGGGUUCUAGGGUUUUAAUUAGUCACAGGGUUAUUUGUGGAAAUUCACACUUGCGGGUGAGUUUAAUCCGAAACUCAAUUAAUGUCCGUAACCUUCUCAUUUUAUGUCGAAAUUCGACACCGCUUGAACUGAUAGUUCACAUUUUAAUUCCUCCUUGACAUUACGGUGAAACUUGACCCAAGGGUAUAAUAUUCAUUUUGACUUUUGGGAAGAGCGGGGUGUAACAGCAGAAAUAACACUUGAACAGCAGCAGCAGCAGGAAUUUCUUCAAAUUCCAACUGCAGAGAAUACACAAAAGGAGCUUGGGUUGGCUGCUUUGUGCCAUGAUUUGCAGCUGGCAGAGGAGAGUUUCUUCAGGUAGAAGUCAAGAAUUAAAAAUAUACAGGAAGGUGAUGCAAACACAUCAUAUUUUCAUGCAAUGGUGAAUAUUAGGAAUCAUAAGCAUACCAUUAUGAAGCUGAUUAAGGAUGAUAAUACGGAAGUGACAUAUGUUAAGGAAAUGGGGGACGAGGCUGUUAGGUUUUAUAAAAACCUUUUAGGGGAGGUUGAUAAGGAAGUUCAGAUCCUUCCAGCAGCAGUUGAGGAAGAGGUUAGACUCAGAAGGUGUCCAAAUUUUGUUGACUCCAGUUACAAGGGAGGAGAGCAGGGAGGUGUUUAAAAAGAUGCCAAAUGAUAAAGCCCCUGAUCCGGACGGCUUUAAUGCUGAGUUCUAUAAAUCAGAUUGGUAUGUUGUUGGAGAGUUGGUGGAGGAGGUGAUUCUGGAAUUUUUUCAAACAGGUGUAAUGCAACAGCAGGUAAACUCCACUAUUCUAUCUUUAAUACCUAAAGUGGUUAAUGCAGAUAGAAUGAAAGAUUUUAGGCCCAUCUCCUGUUGCAAUGUAAUCUAUAAAGGCGUAUCUAAAAUCCUAUCCAAUAGGUUAGCAGCUGUGCUUCCUCAGGUUAUAUGUAAAUCUCAGUCAGCUUUCAUAAAAGGGAGGUUAAUUAGUGACAAUAUUCUGAUGGCUAGUGAGCUAGUAAAAGAUUAUCAUAUGAAGAAUACUACAUCUAGGUGUGUGCUGAAAAUCGAUCUAAUGAAGGCUUUUGACUCGGUGAGUUGGUCUUUCCUGUUUAACAUGAUUCUAGCUAUGGGAUUUCCAGAAUCAUAUGUUAAGCUUAUAGAGGCAUGUGUUACCACUCCUAAACUCAGUGUCUCUUUUAAUGGAGGUUUAUGUGGCUACUUUUCUGCUGGUAAGGGACUCAAGCAAGGGGAUCCCCUAUCACCAUAUCUGUUCAUAGUGGCAAUGGAGUACUUCUCAUGUUUAAUACAUAGAGCAGUUGUUGAUAAUCAAGUUCCAUAUCAUCCACGUUGUAAAGCACUAGAGAUCACUCAUCUAUGCUUUGUAGAUGAACUUCUAGUGUUUACAAAUGGAUCCAUAAGAGGGGUGGCUGGUGUACAGAAGGUGCUAGCACAGUUCUAUGUUGAAUCUGGUCUUCGAUGCAACCCUACUAAAUGUCAAUUGUUUUGAUGUGGUCCCUGAAGAAGAGAAGCAAUGGAUUUCCUCUUUAUUGGGUUUCCCCUGGGGAGUCUGCCUGUUUGUUAUCUUGGAUGCCACUUAUUUUAGGUAAACUCUCAUCCGCUGACUGUUUAGUGCCUGUUGAUAAAAUAACAAAGAGGAUAAGGGCUUGGCAAGCAAAGAAGCUUAGUUAUGCGGGUAGAUUGCAACUAGUGUCUCUGUUAUAACUAGUAUUAUGCAAUACUGGAUGGCCUUGUUCCUAAAACCACAAAGAAUACUAAAAGAUAUUGAAAGAAUAUGCAAUCAAUUCUUGUGGGGUGUUGGAGGUUCGAAUCUAAGAAAGAGAUCUUUGGUUGCUUGGGAUUUUGUGGCGCUGUCAAAGAAUGAAGGAGGUUUGGGGAUAAGGGAUUUUAUAAAAUGGAACCAGGCUUGUGUAGUCUGCCACAUCCGGAAUCUGCUAGCUGAAUCUGGAUCUCUGUGGGUAGCGUGGUUAAAGAAAUAUCGUUUAAAGCUUAAAUCCAUAUGGGAUGUAGCAGUUCAGUCAGCAAGUACUUGGACCUGGCGGAAAAUUCUUAAAAGUAGAACUGGAGUAAGGCCUCAUAUAUCUACCAGUGGUGUAACACUUGCUUGGGAUGGUAAGAUCUUGCCAAAAUAUUCUGUUAAGCUUGUCUGGCAAACUAUCAGGGCUCCUAAGCCUUUAGUUGAUUGGCACAAGGUUGUUUGGGGGAAGCCAUAUAGCCCAAAGCAUAGUCUGUUAUUGUGGCUUGUCAUUCUUAAUCGGGUUGUCACAAAGGAUAAGUUGCAAAGUUGGGGUCUUGCUGGUGAAGUUUAGUGUGUUCUUUGUCCAGGUGGAGAGGAGUCAAGAGAUCAUCUAUUCUCUAUCUGCCCAUACAGUAGGCAUGUUUUAUGCUCUAUUCUGUCUCGCUUUUGUAGUGCCCUUGUCUUUAGUUCAUGGCAGGCACAUCUAACCUGGGAAACAAGGCUGUGGAAUAAUGGAGUAGGGAAGAAAGGUGAAGGACGAUUGAGGUGGUUUUUAUGCAUUAGUUAUCUGUGGAGAGAACGUUGUUGUAGGACUCAUUAUGCUGUGAUUUGUUCCCCCAACAUGCUGGCUAGACGAAUUGAAGAGGAAGUUAAAUUGAUACUUGCUGCCAAACCUUGCUGAUGUAAAUGAUGCAUAGAUAGCGUCUCUUGUUCUUAGCAGUUUUGAUCUUUGAACUGUUGCUAUUUCCUUUACGGGUUGUACUUGGAGAGGGGGUUUGCGGUUUGCAACCCUAGUGCUUAAUCCAAUUUUUGAUUAACCAUAAAAAUAUUGCAUUGAUUUUAUUGAUGUAGGACAAGUGUUCAAAGAGUAUUUUCAGCUUUGGGUUACAUCAAGAACAAGCUUAACAAUCGAAUAUGCGAUACCGAAAUCCACCACAAACAAAAUUUGAAUGCAUUUAGAACGUGCAAACGAAAAGUUCUCACCCUGUUCACAAAUCAAUACAAGUCUCGACAUGAAUACGCACCAACCACAACUAAGCAUACAUAAUAGAACAUACAUAGACAAUUUUUUUGAGCAGUAUAGACACCAAGUGUAUACUACAAUUAUUCGAAAUAUGAAAACACAUAGUGAACUUUUAGGUAUUUUCUUAUUUAAUAAUCAAUUAAUUAUUAUUAUUAUUAUUGAUUUUUAUUAAAUUUAUUUAUUUUAAGAGGACACUCCUAUAUAAAAUUUCUCGGUCCACCACUGCUGUUAGUAUGUAUAUACUAAUGUGCAUGUUUGUUGUUUCGAUGCAUUUAUAAUGGUUCGUAUUUUGUUGUUUUUGUGCACCGAAAACAAAGAGAGUAGUGAUGGAAGUUUUGGUUUAUGUAUAUAACGACAACGGACUAGGUUCGGGUCCUUAAGUCUAUUGACUUAAGAAUUAUCUUAAGUCAUUUCUAUUGGUUGAUAAUAAUUUAGGUAGUUAAUAGAUUAUUAGUAGUUAAUUGGUGGUUAGAGGUAAUUAAGGUAAUAAUAACUAAUUAAUUAAAAUAUUAAAAAAACAUAAUUACGACCACACUCAUCAGUUACCUCCCUAAGCCCUAUUAAAUGGCGUCCUUGUCAAGUGUGUCAAAACGCAAAAUCCCACAUAUUCGCCUCCGCAAGCAUUUCAUAAUGAGAAAUCGUUAAUAACGUUAUUGUAAAGCAUUGAUAAGUAUUUUGAAAUCAUUAAUAAUGUUAGGUAAAAAUUAAUUUCAUAUACUCUAAGAAUGACAAUGUAAAUCGAUAAUAAUUGAUCACCAAAUGUUAAUAAUAUUAUUAGAAGUCAUUUUAAGAGGUCAUGAUUGACUAGUUAUGGACAUGAUGUGAAAACAUGAAUCAUUAGUAAAGAUAUUGUAAAUCAAAUAUAAUGUUAUUCAAAUUAUUAAUAACGAUGUGACAUAAUUUUAAUAAUUAAUUCUUAAGCGUUGAUGAUAAAAAUAUUUAUAGGUAAUAGUCUAAUGUCAUUUUUUAAUGUUGAAGCCAAUUAUUACUAACAUUUUUCUUUUAAUUUUUAACAUAAUACAAUAUUAUUUUGAACUUUUUAAUGAUAUAUGAUACUUAACAUUGAAUUUGGUUAUUAUUAAUAAUUUUGUGUUGGUUUUCAACGAAAUUCAAUUUUCUUUUCAAUGACAUGCUCAUUCAUUAUUAACCGUUUUCAUUACAUGUAUUAACAGUUUGAUGUCAUUUUUAAUUGUAAUAUAUCAUUGUUAAUAUAUUUUCUUUAGUUUUGAACGUAAUACAACAAUCAUAUGUACUUUUUGGUUGGUAUUUGAUACUUAACAUUGAGUAUGAACAUUAUAUUUUUGUGCUUGUUUUCAACAAAAUACAAUUUUGUUAUCAUUGAUCGAUGAGAACAAUAAUGUAAACCGAUAUUAGUUGAUUGCAAAACGUCAACAAUGUCAUUGAAAGUCGUAAUAAGAGGCAAUGAUUGGCUAGUUAUAAACAUGACAUGAAAACAUGAAUCGUAAAAAAGAUGAUGUAAAUCUAUGAUAACUUUGUUUAACCCUUUAAUGACAAUGUGACAUAACUUUAAUAAUUUUUUUAUAAUUGUUGAUGAUGGAAAUGUAUAUCGUUAGCAGUUGAACUAAAAUCGUAAUAGUAUAAUUGUAAAACAUUGACAAGUAUAUUAAAAAUGUUAAUAAUGAUGAGAUAUAUAAAUAGCAAUUCAUUUCAUAAACAUUGAUAAUGAAAUUGCAAAUGUCAA